AUGGAUGAACGCCUGGCAUUUGUUGCAGACAGUAUCGAAGAUUUGCUGGUACAGUUAACGUCUUACCAUCAAGGCGAAAAAGCAAAUUCUAUUGCUGGCAAUAUCCGUAAAGAAGAGGCUGCUGUUGAAGGAAAUGAUGCCAUAACAAUUGCCCGGGCAUGGGUGAAAGGAAUGGCUGCGGAUUGGACACUGCUGUAUCAGCAGGGCUUGCCUUCGCGGAUCAGUUUGCCGGCCUAUCCAUUUGUGAAAGACCGGUACUGGAUCCCUGUGGUGAACAAGGAAAUUAUCCAGCAAGGAACAGCUAAUUUACAUCCGCUGCUACAUAGCAAUGAGUCUGAUUUAAGUGCGCAAAAGUUUACCAGUACUUAUACAGGUAAAGAAGAUUUCUUAAUUAAAUGCCACAUUCCUAAUUAUAAAGAAUUGCCAGCUACAGCAUUACUUGAGCUGGCAAGAGAGGCGGGGGAGCGGAGUUUGCGUCAAAAUAUUACACAAAUCAAAGAUGUCAGCUGGAUGGAUCCUAUCCGGGUAAAUGGUUCUCCGGCUAAAGUACAGAUCAAUCUGUUUGCCGCGGGCAAUGAUAUUGGAUAUGAAAUUUACACGCAUCAUCAGGAGCAAAAAGAACAGCUUAGCGGACAAGGUUUAUUGAAUGCAACGGCACAGCAAGUACCGGGUAAAAAAGAUAUUCAGGCUUUACUGAAGCGUUAUCAGCAUGAGAUCACAAAGGAUGAGUUUUAUCAAUUUUUCGCUGAUGCAGGUAAAAAUCAUGCGCUUGAUUUUCAAGGAGUAGUUAAGUUGUAUGCUAAUGAAACUCAGGCGCUGUCAAAAAUUGAAUUGCCGGCUACUGAUGGUUUUAUUUUAUCUCCGGGAUUACUGGAUAGUGCUGUACAAACCUGCACUGGCUGGUUGCUGAGUAAAGGUGAAAAACAAUUAUAUCAGCUUUCCGGAGCCGCCGAAGUCACGAUUUUUGGAACAUUACCUGCUGUAAUCUGGUGUCAUGCAGUUUUUGAAAGACAGGCAAAGGGCACUGUCUGUUGUCAGCUUGAGGUAUUGAAUGCACAAGGAGAUGUUUUACUUCAUUUCAAAGACCUGAUUUUAGUUCCUGAGGAGCAUUCAGAAAAUGACUUAAAAAUCAAGUCAACCCUGGCUUACAAACCAGUAUGGAACCGGAUUAUAGCCUCAACUGCUGCUGCAGCUCCAAUCCUGGGGAAACAAGUUUUAGUGGUUGGAAAUUCUAAUCCGGUAUUUGCACAGGGGCUUAGUGAGUGGUUAACUAUGCAGGGAGCAGAAGUUUCAAUCGUUGAAAAACUGGAAGCUAUUCCUGAUGCACUUGCAGGUGUAUAUCUGUUGCAAGGGCUGCCGGGAAUCACUGAGGGAUCGCAGCAGGAAUUAGCGGUGUUCAGGAGUGUGAAAGAAUUGUUAAAUACGGCAGACAAAGAUUUAAAGCUGACUGUAUUUACUUGUCAGACGCAACAAGUAUUUGCUGAUGAUUUAGUAACUGCUGCUGGCAGCGGGAUUACCGGAUUGAUUGGUGCGCUUGUGAAAGAACAGCCACAAUGGUCAAUCAACAGGAUUGAUUUGCAGCUAUCAGCUGAUCUUCAGCUACCAGUUGAACCUGAUUGGUCAACGCUGCUGGCUAUCAGUGUAAAUCAGGAAAAUGCAGUGACUUGUUUAAGAAAUGGGCAUUAUUACAGACAACAGUUAUAUCCUUUAGUAUUACCAGAGAUAAAAUCUUCAAAAUUCAGAAAAUCUGGUGUUUAUGUUUUAAUUGGUGGUGCUGGUGGAUUAGGGAGAGUGACCACGGAGUACCUGGUAAAGCAUUAUCAGGCUCAGGUGAUCUGGUUGGGAAGAAGGCCUGCGGAUGCGGCUAUUCAAACUGCUCAAGAAGAAAUUUCGUUAUCAGGUGUGAAGCCCGGAUACUAUCAAUGUGAUGCUGCUAACCUCACUGACGUUGAAAAAACAUAUCAGUCAAUCAAGAAAAUUUACCCGGAAAUACACGGUCUUUUUCACUCCGCAAUUGUCCUUCAGGAUAGGUUGCUGAAGAACAUGACGGAACCAGAUUUCAGCAAGGCUUUUAUUCCUAAGUCUGUAGCAAGUCAGAACCUGGUUCAUGUUUUCGGGCAGGAGUCAAUGGAUUUCUUUUGUUUUUACUCUUCCGUGCAGGCAUUGGUUCAUGCGCCGGGUCAGGGAAACUAUGCCGCAGGUUGUACUUAUAAAGACAGUUAUGCUUUAAGCGUAAAUAGCCAGCAUAUACCUGUAAAAAUUAUCAACUGGGGAUUCUGGGGAGAAGUAGGUGUAGUUGCAGCCGAUGGCUAUAAAGACAAAAUGAAACAAGCUGGUGUGGAGAGCAUCAAUGCUGAAGAAGGUAUGCAAUUCUUAGAAAUGGUCAUCGGGAGUGAACAGCAGCAGGUUGUUGCGAUCAAACUCUCUGCUGCGGCAGCGGCAGCAAUACCGGUUAUACGGCAGGAUCUGGAAAUUUCAGCUGUAAAAGCAUUUUCGGUGCUGCAAUUGGCAAAACCUGAUGAACUGGUAUAUCCUAAAACAGACCAGCUGGAUUUGGUUUUUAAAACAUUGUGUUGUAAAGGGCUGUUGCAGGUUUUGCUGGAGCUAGGUUUAGUACAGCAGCAACAAGCGGGACAAACUUCAAGUAGUUUGAGAUCAGCAUUAGCUGUGCAGGAUAAGUAUGAACAGUUAUUCUUUGUGCUGAUCGGAUUGCUUCAGGAGCAAAAUUACCUCAAGGUAAAAGAAUCACAAAUCACUAUUGACCCUGUGGUUCAAUCGGAAAUCAGCACUUUCAGUUUUGCACAGCAAAUGAAUGCACUGGUUGAACAGGAACAGGAAUACCGUCCGCAUGGUACUUUAUUGCAAAUCUGUUUAGCCGCUUUCCAGGAGAUUUUAACUGGAAAACAGCAAGCUACUACUGUCAUGUUCCCUGGAGGAAGCAUGGAAUAUGUGAGCGGUAUUUAUAAAGGAAAUGCGCAAUCCGAUUAUUUCAAUAAUUUAUUGGCCAGCAUUGUCAAAAAUAGCGUUGCCCAGAGCAUUCCUUACUUACAGCCCGGUGAAAAAAUCAGGAUACUGGAAGUGGGUGCCGGAACAGGCGGCACAAGCCAGGUAGUUUUCAAAGCGCUGGAACCUUAUAAAGAACAUCUUUUCUAUCUGUAUACUGAUUUGUCGCGUAGUUUCCUGAGCCAUGCAGAACAGCAUUUCAAAGGCAUCGCUCCGUAUUUAGAAACGGCGAUCCUUAAUAUCGAACAAGCUCCUGACCAGCAGCAGGUUGUUCUUGGGAGCUAUGAUAUUGUGAUCGGGGCCAAUGUGGUACAUGCCACUAAAAACAUGGCCGUAACGCUAAACAAUAUUAAGGUUUUACUGAAGAAAAAUGGCCUGUUUAUCCUGAAUGAAAUUGCACGCACUGAACUGUUUACCACACUUACUUUUGGUUUACUGGACGGCUGGUGGCUUUAUGAAGAUGCAGGGAUCAGGUUAAAAGGCAGCCCCGGUUUAUCAGCAGCAGGCUGGAAGACAGUCUUAACAGAAACUGGCUACUCACAGGUGCGCAGUUAUCCGGGAAUAGCUGAUCUUUCUCAACAGCUUGUAUGUGCGCUCAGUGACGGCAUGGUUCAGCACAACAGAGUUCAGGAUGGCACGGUUCAACACAGCAGGGUUCAGCAUGGCAUGGUUCAGCACGGCUUAAAAGUGAAUGGCACCGCUCCGCAGCUUAACCAGCAACCGCCUAUGCUGCAAAACAGCGUAAUUAAACAAACUGCAUCAAUAAUUAAAGACAAUACACCAGUAAUUAAGCAAACUGUACCGGCAAUGAAAAAAGCAAUGGAUAAUAAAACGCUGGUGAACAAAGUGGUAAACAUCGCUGCGGCGCUGAUUAAACUGCCACCGGCAGAAUUUGAUAUAGAGAGCCAGUUUAUGGAUUACGGAUUCGAUUCUAUCCUGAGCAUGGAACUGGUUAAAAACAUUAAUGAAACAUUAAAUGUAGCAUUGAAACCUACUGAUAUCUUCAGUUAUAACACUAUACAACAGCUUGCAGAUUUUCUGCAGCUGAAUUUCGGGGAACUCCUGCAAACAGAACUUGCCGGGGAAAUUGCAGAACCAGUAAUUGCAGCUUCUUUCGUCGCAUUACCACAGGCUGUAUUACCUAUGAAAACCCGUUUUUCAGGUUCUGUGGUGAAUGCUGAACCUGUUUACAUCGCUGAAAACGAUAUCGCAGUAAUCGGCAUGAGCGGUCAGUUUGGUGCUGCAAACGAUCUGGAUACUUUUUGGGAGGUGUUAAAGAAUGGACAAAGCCUGGUGGGUGACUUGCCAGAGAGCAGGUGGCAGGGGUAUGUGAACAAGGAAAGUUUUAAAUGGACUGGAAGCUUCCUGCUGGAUAUCGAUAAGUUCGAUCCGGUAUUCUUUAAGAUUUCUGGAAAUGAGGCUGGGUUGAUGGACCCUCAACAGCGUUUGUUCUUAGAGCAUUGCUGGAAAGCCAUAGAAGAUGCAGCGAUAAAUCCCAAGUCUUUAAAAGGUAGUAAAUGUGGUGUAUAUGCAGGGGUUGCGCCGAGUGAUUACAGUAUCCGCGGAUGUGAAGAAGCUGCUGUGA